CGGCAUGGACGCCGAGGGCAGCGUGAGGGAGAUGGUCUGCCGCGAGUCGGACGUCCGGGAGGGCGAGCUGCGGGAAGUGGAGAUGGCAGGCCACAGGGUGCUGCUGGUGAGGAGUCAGACGGAGUUCAGUGCCGUGGGCAGCAAGUGCCCCCACGCGGGCGCCCCUCUCAGCAAAGGCGUCUUGGCAGGCAACCGGCUGCGCUGUCCCUGGCACGGUGCCUGCUUCAGUAUCCGAAGCGGAGACAUCGAGGAGUACCCGACUCUGGACUGCCUGCCCUGCUUUAAGGUGCGAGUGGAGCCAGGAAGCAGGUACCAGCCUCGCCGCUCUCCCCGAGCUCCUGGAGCAUGGGCCGGGGCCAGCUGCCAGGACGCGAACCUUUCUGCUCUCUGCCAGGAUCUGGAAGGCCAUGAGCGAGCCGUGCAGGGGCUAUGA